UAAUUGAAUUGUUUGUGGAGCCUAGAAAGUACCAAAUUCAGCAGAGCAUCUCUCUCCAUCCGCAGGAGCCUCUCGCUCGUCGUAUUGUUUUUGACAUUUAAGAGAGAUAGAUAGAUAGAGAGAUAUGUCUUUCAUUCUCUCUUCUACCCCAAAUUGUGCACUCUGGAAAUUGAAGGUUGUUGGUGUGAGACAACAACUGUGGUCAUCAUCAUCGCCAGUUUCAUCAUUUCCAAAGCAGCAGCGUCCCACUCGGAAUGUUGAAGCAUUUUUCUUUAAUCCCAAAGAUGAACCCAUUCUCAAAGAAGCUCUUAAGGAGCCUGUGGCCUUCAUGGGGGGUAUGUUUGCUGGGCUUCUGAGGCUUGAUUUGAACGAAGAUCCACUUAAGGAAUGGGUUGGAAGGACAGUGGAAGCCUCUGGGAUUACAGAGGAUGAAAUUGAUACUGAAUUUGGAGCCAAACCAGAAGAAGAAAGCCCACAACAGAUAGAGAUCGAAUGAAUGAAUGAUUGGUGGCUCUUGAGAUUCAUAGGUUCAGUAUGUAUGUAACUUUGUUGUCAAUAUAUGAGAAACAUGCAAUGGUGUGUUUGCGUGUGAUCAUUGGCUCCUGAAAUGAUGAAUAAAACUGCUUUUCGAUGUGAGGGUUAUUAAAUGUCAUUCUUGGAAAAAGGAAAAAGGAAAAA